AUGAGCAUGAAAAAAAUUCCAAAGCGAUUAUUCAAUGAAGAAUUUAACUUUAGUUCAAAAUUCUUACGGUUUGAUAUCGGAGCAAAAUCAGUUGUUCUAGUAGUGUCUGAAAGUGCAAGCAAGCAAAUUUAUUUCAUCGGUUCUUCCUACACGAGUAAAAAAAAGAAGAUAACUCGCAGGCAGUGCUUUUUUUUGGGUAAUAAAAAUUUAUUCUUGUGUGGUGAUAACUCGACUAAAUGA